GAUUGUCCUUUUCAGGCGCGCAUUGCUGUGCGCUCGAAUCAAUGGCGUCUAAAAGCAACGCUUCAAUCCCGUCUGCCCAGCACCGCCCGCCAACCGGAAUCGAAGUGCUCUUUGCCCUCCGCCCCUCCUCAUCUGCCGCUCCCUCUUCUGAUUCUCCUUCCUCUGCCACUGUUCCCUGCUCUGCGGUUCCUUCACCUGACGCUGCUCCCCCCACUGCCACUGACAAGAGCUCGUUACAAGCACCCUCUUCCGCUCACUCCACUGUCUCGGCCAAGAGCUCGAUACAAACACCCUCUGGUGCUCCCUCCUCUGUUCCUACUAAGACCUCGUUACAAGCACCCUCCACUGCGCCUUCCACAGCCACUCUCACAAUUGACUCCCCUGCUGUAGUCCCACAGCCCCUGCUAAGAGCACCCUCUGGCAAGCCUGGCUGCUCCUCUGCCACAGCUGUCACAGCGCCUCUAAAAAAAGCAACAACAGCAGCAGAAGCAGCCCCUUCUGCUCUCCCCACUGCCCACUUCAAGACCUCGUUACAAGCACCCUCCGCUACUGCCCCCUCCGCUGCCCCUGCUAAGAGUGCAUCAGCCGUCCCCCUGUUCUCUCGACUGCUGCUCCCAAGACCUUGUUUCGGAAAAACCCAUGCUGCUGCUCCCGGCCAGGCCCCUAUCAAGCAUUCUUCGAAAGCACCUCUAGCUGCUCCUGCCACUGCGACUGCUAGGAAUGGCCCGGAAGGCUGGGGGAAGGAAGGGGGCAGUGCAGGUGCGGGAAGGGGUGGUGGUGCGAGGGAGGCAGAGGAGGGUCCGUGGAGAGAGGGCGGCAGACUUGGAAAGGGCGCAGAAAGAGAAGGGAGUGGUGGGCAUGUGAAGAGUGGUGGGCAUGUGAAGACUGGUGGGCAUGUCAAGGGUGGUGGUCUUGUGAGGAACGCUGGGGUUGUGAGGAGUGGGAGCAAGGAAGGCAGAGGGUAUGGGACGAGUGUGAAGGCUGGUGCCAGGGUAGGGGCUGGAAGGGGUGGACUGGACGGUGCAGAUGCAGCGAGAGGUGGAGCGGACGGUGGAGAUGCAGGGAGUAUAGGGAAGGUAGCGGCGAGAGUUGAUGGGGUGGGAGGUGGGGGUGAGUGGAGAGAGGGGGGACGACAGGUGAAGAGUGUGUGGGGCGUAGAGAGGGGGAAGGGUGUGAAGGCUGGUGGCAAGGCAAGUGCUGGGUCAGGUGCAGGGAGUGUGGUGAAAAGAGAUACUGGAGUGAGAAUAGGUAGUGGUGGUGGUGAUGGUGGUGGUGGUGGUGGUGAUCAGGGUCGAGUAAAGGGGCAGAGAAGCGAGGGCGCUUUGCUGGUGAAGGGAGCUGCGGGCACAUCAGGGAAGGUGAAGGGUGUGGAGCCGUCUGGGUACCUGCUGAGUGUUGGUGCUGGAAGAAAGGGACUCGUGGGAACAGUUGGAGCGUUGAGGGCACGAGCAUUGGAGGGAAAGCGUGAGAAGGGGAGAGAUGCUGAAAGGGACAGGCGGAGGGAUGAGUGGACUGAGAAGGGGAGAGAGGAUGAGAGUGGGAAGGGAAGAGAGGAUGAGAGUGAGAGGAGGAGAGAGGAUGAGGAUGAGAAGAGGAGGGAGGAUGAAACUGAGAGGAGGAGAGAGGAUAAGAGUGAAAAGAAGAGAGUGGAUGAGAUUGAGAAAAAGAGUGAGGAUGAGAGUGAAAGAUGGAGAGAGGAUGAGAGUGAAAGAUGGAGAGAGGAUGAGAGUGAGAGAAGGAGAGAGGAUGAGAACAAGAUUGUGAGGGAUGGCAGGAGGGAAGAUUGGGAUGCUGAUAAUGAGGCCAGUAAGGAUGUUGAGAGGGAGAAAGGGAGAGACGGUUUCAGGCAGCAGCUGUUGGGGCAUGCAGGGGAAGGUGGUUAUGAUGCCAGGCCGCAUUUGUUGGGAACACACUGGGGUGUUGAGGGGGAGGGAUGGGGGAUUGACGAGGAGUGGAUUGAGGAGGAGGAGGGGAAAGAGGAGGAGAAUCAGGAGGAGAGGGAGAAGCAAGUGGAGGUGGAGGAGGAGGAAGAGGAGGGUCAGGAGGAGAAGCAGGAGCAAGGGGAGAAAGAGGAGGAGGAGGAAGAGGAGGGCAAGGGGCAGGAAAGACAAGAAAUGAUUCCGAAGGUAGAAGUAGGAAGCAAGAUGCGUGAUGCAGUCGGUGGGAGAUUAGAAGGAGCUAGGCGGAUAUUAACCGGUGUUGAGGAGGAGGAGGGCGGCAGUGCUGCGAGCCUAAGUGAUAGUGCACAUACUCGCAGCACAGCCACCCUUGCUUCUUCUCCUCUCCCUGCUGAAGUGCUGAUGAUGAGAGCGGAUGAUGCAAGAAAAGGGGGAGAUGAUGAAGCUGUGCGACUCACAACUGAAUGCCGGGUGUAUUUUGAGUCGACUCAAAAGACGCCGGAUGCAAGAGAAGGGGAAGAUGAGGCUGGAAGAGCAAGAGGAGAGGAGAAGGGAAGAGCAAGAGGAGAGGAUAAGGGAAGAGUAAGAGGAGAGGAAAGGGAAGAGCAAGAGGAGAGGAGAAGGGAAGAGCAAAGAGAGAGGAGAAGGGAAGAUGAAGAUGAGAGGAGAAGGGAAGAGCAAAGAGAGAGAAGGGAAGAUGAAGAUGAGAGGAGAAGGGAAGAGCAAGGAGAGAGGAGGGAAGAGGAGAAGAAAGGGGAACAGGAAGAGCAAGACAGGAGGGAAGAGGACAAGCGAAGGGAAAAGGAAGAGGAGAAACGAAGAAAAGAGGAAGAGGAAGAGGAAGAUGAGAAAAGAAGGGAAGAGGGAGAGGAGAAACGAAUAGAAGAGGUAGAGGAAGAGGAAGAGGAAGGGAAAGAUGAGAAAAGGAGGGAGGAGGGAGAGGAGGAAAGAAGAGUAGAGGGAGAGGAGAGACGAAGGAAGAGGAAGAGCAGCAAAGGAGGGGGGAGGGAGAGGAGAGCAGCGAAGAGGAGGAGGAGAGCAGCGAUGGCAGCCCCCGGCCGAUGGGCGAAAGGCAGAGCCAAGCACUUUCGACCAGUCAGGAGGCAAGUGCUGCGCUGUGCCAUGCAACAGAAAGACAUUCAACAGGAUGACGUGCAACAGAAUGGCAUGCAGCAUGGCAUGCAGAGUGGCAUGCAGCAUGGCAUGCAGUAUGACAUGGAUGAGGAGGAUGCUGCAUGGCUGACGGCCUACAACAGCAGACUCACCCAUGCCCAUGCACAUGCCCAUGCGCAUGCGCAUGAGCAUACAAGAGCUGGGAACGAGCAGUCAGAGAGUGGGAGUGUUGAGGCAUCUGAGAAGAUGGGUCUGUCGGAGGAGGCGUUUGAGGCGUGCAUGGCCUCUCUGGACCUCCACCCUGCUGCUGCUCUCUAUGCUGCUCCUGCGGCUCCUGCUGCUGCUGUCGGUGAUGCUGCUACUGCUACAGCUGCUGCUGCUGUUGGUGAUGAUGACGAUGCGUCUGCUGAUGAGGAUGCUGCCGCUGCUCGUGGUGCUGGGUUGUCAGACCAGGCCGAUGGUUCUUCUGAUUUUGACCUUAAGCUCCACGUGCAAGCAGGCUCGCCACAGGGGUUGGAGACCCUGCGACCGCCACAGCGGUUGGAACCGUUGGGGACCCUGCGAGCGCCACAGGGGCCAAGGGCAGGGCGGCAUGACGCGGAGGCACUGCGAUGCGAUGUGUGCUUUCAACCCGGGGAGACGCCCUACAACCCUUUCCUCUGCUGCUCCCUCUGUGCGACAGCAGUCCACCAGCUCUGCUACGGCGCAGUGGGCCUUCCCCCUCUCUGGGCUGCGCGCUCCCUCCUCCCCCCCUCCCUGCACCUCCCCCCUCUGCCACCGCUGCUCCCACUGGCUAGCGAGGGGAAGGCAGAGGAGGGGUCGGGCUGGGAGUCAGGUCAGACCGGGAAAGGUGCUGCUGGUGGCGCUGCUGCUGCUGGUCAGAGUGUGUACGGUGGUGUGGGGGAGGGUAUGCAGCUGAGCAAGGAGGCAGCGGCAAGGCGGUUCAAGUGGCGCUGUGUGCCAUGCCAUCUCUACACCAGAGCAUGCAGCAGUGGUGGCGAUGCUGCGGCUGCCAACACCUGCUCCCAGCCGCCUCCCCUCACCUGUUCCUUGUGCUGUGUUACCAGAGCGGGCGCGUUCAAGCCGUGCCUGGACGGGCCUCUACCAGCCGAUGCCGAGAGGAAUGGGGAGUGUGGGGGCGUGAGGACCAUGAGGAGUGUGGAGAGGGUGUGGGGCGGGCAGAGGAGCAGUUGGCGGGAGCAGGGGGCCGAGUGGGAGGAGCAGGUGGGGCAGGGAUUAAAGGGGAAGCUGGUGGGGAGUCGGGUGGUGAGAGGAAGGAGAAUCGGGCCCUGA